CGGCGGGGACAGUGCGAGCCGAGGGCAUCGGCGUGGCGGCGGCGGCGGCGCGCGGCCCCGGGCUCACCAUGGCCGAGCUGCUGCGGAGCCUGCAGGAUUCCCAGCUCGUCGCUCGCUUCCAGCGCCGCUGCGGGCUCUUCCCGGCGCCGGAGGAAGGCCCCCCGGAGAACGGCGCGGACCCCGCGGAGGACGCGGCGCGGGCGCUGGGGCUCGGGCAUCUGUCUGACGCCAACGGCAAGGGCGGCGGGGGGCCGGCCAACGGGCUGCGGAGAGUCUCGGCCCCGCAGGCUUCUGUACAGAAGUACAUUGUGAAGAAUUAUUUCUACUAUUACCUAUUCAGAUUCUCAGCCGCUUUGGGUCAAGAAGUGUUCUACAUCACCUUUCUUCCAUUCACUCACUGGAAUAUUGAUCCUUAUUUAUCCAGAAGACUGGUCAUCAUAUGGGUUUUGGUGAUGUAUAUUGGCCAGAUGGCCAAGGACAUCCUGAAGUGGCCCCGCCCCUUCUCCCCUCCCGUCGUGAAACUGGAGAAGAGAGUGAUUGCUGAGUAUGGAAUGCCAUCUACCCACGCCAUGGCGGCCACCACCAUUUCCUUCACCCUCCUCAUCUCUACGAUGGACAGAUACCAGUAUCCCUUUGUUCUGGGGUUGCUGACGGCUGUGGUGUUUUCCACCUUGGUGUGUCUCAGCAGAGUCUACACUGGGAUGCACACGGUCCUGGAUGUGCUGGGUGGCAUCCUGGUCACCGCGGUCCUCAUUGUCCUCACCUACCCCGCCUGGACCCUUAUCGAUCGCCUGGACUCAGCCAGCCCCCUCUUCCCCGUCUGUGUCAUCGUGGUGCCGUUCUUCCUGUGUUACAACUACCCCGUGUCCGACUGCUACAGCCCAACCCGAGCGGACACCACAACCAUCCUGGCCGCGGGGGCGGGCGUGACCUUAGGGUUCUGGAUCAACCACUUCUUCCAGCUCGUGUCGGCGCCCGCCGAGUCCCUCCCUGUCAUUCAGAACAUCCCGCCGCUCACCACCGACAUGGUAGUUUUGGGUCUGACCAAAUUCGUCGUGGGAAUCGUGCUGAUCCUUCUGGUCCGCCAGCUCGUACAGAAUCUCUCGCUGCAAGUGCUAUACUCGUGGUUCAAGGUGGUCACCAGGAACAAGGAGGCCAGGCGGAGACUAGAGAUCGAAGUGCCUUACAAGUUCGUCACCUACACAUCUGUGGGCAUCUGCGCCACAACCUUUGUGCCAAUGCUGCACAGGUUUUUGGGAUUGCUCUGAACCUCAAAUGGUUGGGAAGUAGCCCACUGGGCAGGAGAGCCAAAACAGGAGAGUAGUUGGGUGGGCAAGUUUCGAGCAUACGUUUUUCUUAAAAAAAAAAAAAAAAAGUCCCGAGUCCCAUGUUUCUUUUGCUGAU